UCUCAAGUUUUAAAAUGCUUCAAGGCUCAUUUUUGGCGCCACAACGGCAAACCAUGACUGCAACUAUCCAUGCCUUCUCUCACCUCCAAUUCACUCGCCUUCCUUCUCGAGUCUGCCGUCAAAACUCGCUCCUCCCUCCUUGGCCGAGCCACCCAUGCCCAGACCAUCAAGAGCCGUCAAUCUCCACUCCCUUCCUUUCUCGCCAACCACCUUAUCAAUAUGUAUUCCAAACUCGACCUUCCGAAGUCGGCCCACCUCCUCCUCCAACUCACCCCAAAUCGGUCCGUCGUCACCUGGACAGUGCUCAUUUCCGGCUCCGUUCAAAAUGGUCAUUUUUCGUCUGCCUUACUCCAAUUUUUUAACAUGCGCUGCGAAAAUAUCCAACCCAACGAUUUCACUUUUCCUUGCGCGUUUAAAGCGUCUGCUUCACUUCGGUUAUCCUUCAUAGGAAAACAGGUGCAUGCGAUUGCGGUUAAGUUUGGACAAAUAUACGAUGUAUUCGUUGGGUGCAGUGCUUUUGAUAUGUAUUCGAAAACAGGGCUUAAACAUGAAGCGCAGAAACUGUUUGAUGAGCUGCCUGAGAGAAAUGUCGUUACGUGGAAUGCUUAUAUUUCUAAUGCGGUGCUUGAUGGGAGGCUUAUAAAUGCUGUCAAUGCAUUCAUAGAGUUUCGCCGAAUGGGUGGAGAGCCUGACUCCAUAACUUUUUGUGCGUUUCUCAAUGCAUGUGCUGAUCCGUUGUAUUUGGACCUUGGGAGACAGUUGCACGGGUUUGUGAUUCAGAGUGGCUUUGAAGCGGAUGUUUCUGUUUCAAAUGGGCUUGUUGAUUUUUAUGGAAAGUGUAGGGAGGUUAGAUUGGCUGAGAUGGUGUUUGGUGGGAUGGAGAAGAGGAAUGCUGUUUCAUGGUGCUCCAUGGUGGCUGCUUGUGAGCAGAAUGGCGAGGAAGAGAAGGCUUGUGUGUUUUUUUUGGAGGGUAGGAGAGAAGGAGUUGAGCCAACAGAUUAUAUGGUUUCUAGUGUUAUCAGUGCUUGUGCAGGGCUUGCAGGACUUGAAUUGGGACGGUCAGUUCAUGCACUUGCUGUGAAAGCAUGCAUGGAGGUUGAUAUUUUUGUUGGCAGCGCCCUUGUUGACAUGUAUGGGAAAUGUGGGAGCAUUGAGGAUUCUGAGCGAGCCUUUCAUGAGAUGCCCGAGAGGAAUAUGGUUACUUGGAAUGCAAUGAUUGGUGGGUACACACACCAAGGACAUGCUGACAUGGCCAUUAGAUUGUUUGAAGAAAUGAAAUCUGAGGUGGCACCAAACUAUGUGACCAUGGUGUGUGUAUUAUCAGCUUGUAGUAGGGGAGGUGCAGUUGAAUGGGGCAUGGAAAUUUUUGAGUCAAUGAGAGACAGGUACAAGAUUGAACCAGGGUCAGAGCAUUAUGCUUGUAUUGUGGACUUGUUAGGGCGAGCUGGUAUGGUAGAAAAUGCCUAUGAGUUUGUAAAGAAAAUGCCUAUGCAUCCAACAACUGAGGUUUGGGGAGCUCUUUUAAAUGCUUGUAGGGUGUAUGGGAAGGCAGAAUUGGGAAAAAUUGCUGCCAGUAACUUAUUUGCACUUGAUCCAAAAGAUUCUGGCAACCAUGUGCUGCUUUCAAAUAUGUUUGCUGCUGCUGGCAGGUGGGAGGAAGCCACCCUGGUGAGAAAAGAAAUGAUGGACGUUGGGAUCAAGAAGGGUGCAGGUUGUAGUUGGCUUACUGCAAAGAAUAGGAUCCACGUCUUCCAAGCAAAGGAUACAUCCCACGCAAUGAACUCUGAGAUACAGGCAAUGCUAGUUAAGCUAAGAAUGGAAAUGAAGGCGGCUGGCUACAUACCUGACACAAACUAUGCACUUUAUGAUUUAGAAGAAGAGGAGAAAAUUACAGAAGUUUGGUACCACAGCGAGAAGAUUGCCCUCGCCUUUGGCCUUGUAGCUAUCCCUCCUGGAGUACCUAUAAGAAUUACCAAAAACCUUAGGAUAUGUGGUGAUUGUCAUAGUGCCUUCAAAUUUAUCUCAGGCAUUGUUGGCAGAGACAUUAUUGUUAGAGAUAACAGUCGAUUUCAUCACUUUCAGAGUAGUCAGUGUUCCUGCAGAGAUUAUUGGUGAUAUUUUUUUCUUGUUAACAAAUUUUUCGCAAAUUAUACAUCAUGCUGGAGUGGAGGGAUCUCUUAUAAAUCUUAAAUCAAGGAUAACCUUGUAGUUAUACUAAAUUUCCAGAACAAGAAUAUGGAUUCCAAUUUUGAUCCUUUGAGAUUUUAUUGUUGA